AUGACUGUCAUACUGCUCUCGUGUGGUGAGACAAGACACAGUGUUCUCCUCCUUCGCUACGCCAAAACUGAGAACAAGAGGACUGGCCGCGACGACUUCGAUAUUCCAGAAGAGUCAAAGCGUCGAGCUUUGUACAAUGGCUACCUCCAUGGGCUGAGCUUCUUGUUCAACGGGGCAUUCGGUCUAAUCUUCGGUAGCAAGGGAUUUGACACCCACCAAGUUGGACUCGCAUUCCUCGGUAUCGUUGUCGGCAUCUCUCUUGGACCAUUGACCAACCUCUGGCAAGAGAACUACUACCAGAAAAGAACCGGCCGUGCUGGUGGAAAAAACAUCCCAGAAGCGCGAGUUCAGAUGGGUCAGAUUGCAGCAAUCACCUUCCCUAUCAGCUUGUUCAUUUUCGCAUUUACUUCAUACGCAUAUGUGAGCUGGGUCGGGCCUGUGAUUGCUAGUGGAUUAUGGGGAUGGAGCUUUUACGUUCUCAUUCUGAUGACUUACACAUACGUUGAAGACAGCUAUGGCGAGUACAGUGCCUCUGCUCUCGCAGCAAUUGGUCUGGUCAGGAAUGCGGCAGGCGCAGNNGGUUUCCCCCUCUUUGGACGACAAUAUGGCCUGAGAUUGCGGCAGGAGAGCCCCUGGGCUAGGGAGAUGAUGGCACAUGGAGAACCAGAACCAAAGCCGUCCGAUGAGGAGGUGAUUCAGAAUGAGGAGGUCAUCGGUCAUUGA